AUGGACGCCGAUACGCUUUUGCGGCUGACAGUACUGAGCUUUGGAGCCUCCGUGGCUCAGGUGCCGCAUAUAAAGCACCAAAAGGACAUCACAGGGCCCUCAUCGCCCCACAUUGCCACACCCCAAGACAUACGCAUAACCUUUAUUAAUCUCUGGGCAGAGCAGCUCGGCCAGCUCACAUCGAUCAAGGGGUUUCUGCGCGAUACACUCCUCUUUUUCCUCCCUGGUCGCUGGUGUUCCGACCCAUGUGAGACGCAGAAUCUCGAGCUCAACACAAAUGUUGUCAUUGGUACCGAACCAUUUGCGCUGUGCCUCGAGCAGUACCGUACCCGUACUGCAGUAAAAUCGUGGGCGGCAAACCCGUUCUUUCAGCACCUCGAUGUGCUUGUUACUCAGCUACAACCCAAGCUGCCUCACGCGCAGUUGUCCUUCCAGGAAUGGCUGAAAGCCAUGGACCACGUACUGGGGGGUCUACGCACUCUUUUUGCCACACUAUACAGUGCUUUUUUUAACUCUUUCUGUGAGGUUUGCAAUAUGCUUGUCGACAGCUACCGAAGGCUUGUUUGGAGAGAUGCUCAGUCCUCUUAUGCGCUCGCCGUGUGCAACCUCUCUCGCACCAUUGAAUCAAAACUUAUCACCGUUGUUGCAAACACAAUUUCGACAAGCAUUGACUCCUGUAAAGCGAACACCACGCUACAGCUCUUCUCCACACCAAGGUCCCUCACCGCUGACGAGGUCGCUGGUUACCUGACCUCAACACUGCAGACACGGCUCGGUGAUGUCGCCUCAAGCGCGGCAGUCAAUACCUCAUUUCUCAAGCACUACCCCCAAGCAGCGGCAAGCUUGGUUCUCGCGCAAGAUAGUCGUGAAAAGCUGCUUACACUUUUUUACAGCUCGAUCACUGCCUACGUCGAGAAGCUUUUAGCGGUAGAGGGAGAGCCCGACCAACGUGUACCAAGCGUCACAGAACCUUUCACUUUCCAAACAGUGGAAAAAGUCACUUCUUGCCGUGCAAACCACGCUACUACCGCUCCACCAGUCGCCGUGGAAGAGAGCACAGUUGCCCAAGCUGCGCAAGUAUCGUCAUACGCAGUUCGCUCUGUUUCUGUCGAGGACACCUUAAUGCUAACUACCAUAUCGGAAGGAGUGGAUGUUUUCUCUCGCGUUGCUGCACUCAUUACACACAUGGGAGACGUUGAGAAGAGUGUGCAGGACCUCGUGGCAAAACAACGUGAAGAAGAGCAAGCUGUAUUAGGCGGGGCACCAGGUAAGGAUACGCAACGAGGGAGCUUGUAUGGCGCUGAUGAGACUACUGAGACUGCCACUCCAACCAUCGGGGGUGCUUCUGUCCGACCUAAGAGGCUAUCUGUUGUCCUAGCGGAACCAGUGGAGUGCUACAGGAGUAACCCCAAGGAGACGCUGUUGUUCUGGAAGCGACUUCAGCGAAGGCUUGGCUUAGAUGAAGGAUCACUCACUCAAGUAAUGGCACACUGCGUGUUUCAGUACGAGUCACCGUAUCCAAACGUGUAUCUCAAAGACCUUGAUGUGCGCAACAACGACCGAGCCUCUCGGCUCUUCGUGGAGGAGGUUCGUUCGCUGCUUUUACUCGAAGAAUUCACGACGAUAAAGGCAAGGAAUCUUCGACUUGUCUCUGAAGCCUGCAGUAGCUACGGCAAGCUACUGUGGGAAAAGACGCUUGAGAUCCAGGCAACGCUACCGUGUCUACCACUUCGUGUGAGUGGUGUUCUGCUGGGGACACUGUACGCAGCAAUGCGGGCAGACAAGCAGUUUGAAUCCCUCAAACAAAUCCGUAUGCAGCUUUGUCAUGUUGCGACCAAAACAGGUGGGAACACAAAGGACGCGGCAAUAUUAGUCAACUCUGAGAUACUGUUACUCAAGAGAGCGGAGUUUCUCGCUGAUGCUGUGAAUGAUGCCGAGUAUGAGGUAGGGAGGGAAAAGUGUACUCAGUUGAUUGCGAGUGAGGCAGCAACUGGAAUACAACCGGAGAGCCGAGCGGAGGUCGCACUACCAAACAUUGUGGGGGAAACAAUUCUCUCCAACAAAGGUUUUUGUAGCUCUAUCAGCCCCUGUGCGCGAGCCAGUGGAAGCUCAGUGCUGCCGAAGAUGGAACCCACCAGCUUUAUCGAUGUUACAUGGCGGGGUUCCUCUAUUAUGGAUGUGCUGGCGCAGUCUCGAAAGUCUGUGUCAGAGCUUCCGGCAAAAAGCUUUUCACUCGGUACCUCUGUCGCCGAUGUUUACCGCCAAGCGUGUCGAUGCCAUGACGUGAAUUCAAACUCCAGUUUGGUUCAGGAGCUGAGCUGCAAUGAUGCAGACAGUUUUGUUACUCUCGAUCUCUCCAACAUUUAUGUAGGCGUGAAGGGUCUGAGACCGGUGCUAGACCUCCUACAGUACAACGGCGAGCACCUCGUAUCUCUCUCUUUGUGUAACAACAACCUAGAGAGUGACGAUGUCAGCGACUUGUGCUCCACACUUCGAGGGCCGGCCGGUAGAAACCUGGUGCACCUGGACUUGUCGUACAACCUGUUUACCAAUGCUGCAGUCCCUUUUCUCAAAGAGCUUGUGUUGUCACUGACCUGCAUCGAGACACUCGCGAUAAAAGAUACGCUUCUCUCUCCACACGCUGCACGCAAGCUGCAGGAAAUUCUUGACAAAAAAGCAAUUCAGCGGUGUGUAUGA